AUGUGGUUUCUUAAUAAAGAGUGUACGAGCAAAGUACGUCUUGACGGCAAAACUGUUGUGAUAACGGGAGCAAACAGUGGUAUCGGCAAAGAGACUGCUAGAAAUUUAUACGCGAGAGGUGCUAGAGUAAUUCUGGCUUGUAGAAAUAUGGAAAUGGCAAAUAAAGCAGUUGAAGAUAUAAAAAAUAAUCCACCCCCAAGAAUCAAUAAAGAUGAAUAUAAAAAUAACGCAGGUGAACUUGUGGUUUAUUCUCUGGAUCUAUGUAGCUUGAAGAGCGUAAGGGAUUGCGCAAAAAAUUUGCUGACGAACGAAGCAGCUAUUCAUAUACUUAUAAAUAAUGCGGGUAUAGCUGCUUACCCGUCAUACGAGAAAACAGAAGACGGAAAUGAAAUGACAUUACAAGUCAACUAUCUUGGUCAUUUUCUUUUGACACUUCUACUAUUGCCAAAGAUGCAGAAGUCAUCUCCCAAGUGCAGAAUAGUUAAUGUCUCAUCACUUGCACAUUUUUGGGCUGAUAUAGAUUUCGAUAAUAUUAAUUUGGAGAGAUCUUACGGGCCGAUCAAAAGUUAUGCACAAUCUAAAUUAGCGAAUAUUUUAUUCACCAAGGAACUCGCUCGUAAAUUAAAAGAAGCAGGUAUUCAUGGGAUAAACACAUAUUGUUUACAUCCUGGCAUGAUUCCGACCAGACUAUUCCGGUAUGGUGAUAGGGUAGUAUUUCCAGGUUUUACUUUCUGUUGUAAUAUGUUUACGCAAUUGUUUUAUAAAAAUGCUGAACAAGGAGCGCAAACAACAAUAUAUUGUUCUGUAGAUGAAAAGGUAGCCAAUGAGACCGGACUGUAUUAUUCAAAUUGCAAUGUUGUCACUCCAUAUCGAAUGGCAAAGAAUCCUCAAUACCCGGAAAAAUUGUGGAAUGUAUCCUGUCGUCUUUUACAUCUGGAUCCAGAAAAAGAUUUUACUACAAUUUUGGAAACCGUUUCGCGUCAAAUACAUUGAAAAUGCCCUUUAUUCUCAAGAGAAUCAUUGAGAAAAUUUAUAAUAAGUGCUUAUAUUUAUUUAAUCUUUAAUUCAUAAAACAUUUAAUA